GCUGCUAAGAAGAUGGGAACCUUUAUAGGGGUCCCAUUAUGGAUCCUCUUAGUCAUCUUGAGCCCGCUGAAUGCUCAGCUACAGUAUAAUGACUACACCUUCGAUGAUACUUUUGAUUACACUAUCGAUGAAAACAUCCAACAACAGCAGAAAGUUGAAGUAACUGGACCUCCAAGGAUAUCCCUUAUCCAGGCCGUUCCCACCACCCCUGUGGUUAAAGCAAUCAACACGGCUCACAACAACAAAGUAUGCAGCACCUGGGGGAACUUCCACUUCAAGAACUUUGAUGGGGAUGUCUUCUAUUUCCCGGGAACCUGCAACUACGUCUUCUCGUCCCACUGCAAAAGUGCCUACGAAUCCUUUAACAUCCAAAUUCGCAGAACGGUUGUUAACAAUGUGGCUACCAUUGAGAAGAUCACCAUGAAAAUUGAUGGGCUUGUAGUGCAAAUAAACCACAACAAUGUGAUGGUAAAUGAAAAAACAGUUAGUUUACCAUUCAGUGGUGCUGGAGUUCAGAUUGAUAAGCAUGGAGUCUAUCUAACCGUUAACGCCAAGAUUGGUCUGGUCUUCAUGUGGAAUGAUGAUGACAGCCUCCUGCUGGAACUUGAUGAAAAAUAUGCCAACCAGACCUGUGGCUUGUGUGGAGACUACAACAGCAUUUCCAUCAACAACGAGUUCAUUUCCAAUGGAAUCCAAAUCACAGAGACCCAGUUUGGUAACUUGCAGAAAUUGGAUGGACCCACAGAACAAUGUCGAGAUGUUCCACCAACGCCCAAGAGUAACUGCACAGACUAUGAGAACAUCUGUGAGGGAGUUCUAAUGGGAGCGGCCUUCUCAACUUGUCAUACCUUGGUGGGUGUUGAAAAGUAUAUCGAAGCUUGUGUGCAAGACCUCUGUCGCUGUAAAAGUAAUGAGACCAAUCUCUGCUUGUGUAACACAUUCGCUGAGUAUUCACGGCAGUGUGCCCACGCUGGAGGUGAACCAAAGAACUGGAGAUCACCAGAUUUGUGUCCUAAAACGUGUCCUUAUAACAUGGAAUACCAGGAGUGUGGAUCCCCUUGUGCAGAUACCUGUUCCAACCCUGAGAGAGGUGUCCUCUGUGAAGACCAUUGUCUGGAAGGCUGUUCCUGUCCGCCAGGAACUGUGUUUGAUGAUAUCAACAACUCGGGCUGUGUCUCCAUUGAUAAGUGCUCCUGUACCUUCAACAGUAACUCUUACGCUGCAGGAACCUCUUUCUCUACUGACUGUAGUACCUGUGUGUGUGCAAAAGGAAAGUGGAACUGUCAGAACAUGCCCUGCCCAGCAACCUGUGCAAUUGAAGGGGGAUCUCACAUUACUACGUAUGAUCAGACUCAUUAUACCAUUCAUGGGGAUUGUAACUAUGUGUUGUCCAAGGUCUGCAGUGGCACUGGAUUUAUAAUUUUAGCAGAACUGAGGAAAUGCGGCCUUACGGAGAGCGAAACUUGCUUAAAGAGUACCACUAUAAUCCUUAAUGGAGGAGAAACAAUUAUUGUCAUUAAACCUUGUGGCAGUGUGUAUGUGAACAACAUCUACACCCAGCUGCCUGUCUCUGCAGCCAAUGUCACCAUCUUCAGACCAUCCUCAUUCUACAUCGUUGUUGAGACUAGCUUGGGAGUCCAGGUAGUGGCUCAGCUCACUCCCUUCAUGCAAGUCUAUGCGAUCCUUGACCCCUCUUUCAAGACCAAGACAUGCGGUCUCUGUGGAAACUUCAAUGACAAGCAAUCAGAUGAUUUCCAAACCAUAAGUGGUGUAAUAGAAGGAACUGCUGCGUCCUUUGCCAACACCUGGAAAACGCGAGCAGAUUGUCCAAAUGUUAAGAACGUCUAUGAAGAUCCAUGUUCCCUUAGUGUAGAAAAUGAAAAAUUUGCUAAACACUGGUGUGGCCUUAUAGCCGAACCAUCUGGACCAUUUGCUGCAUGCCAUUCUACAGUAAAUCCUGAAACCUACAAAGAAAACUGUAUGUUUGACACCUGUAAUUGUGAGAAGAGUGAAGACUGCAUGUGCGCUGCCCUCUCUUCUUAUGUCCGCGCAUGUGCUGCUAAAGGAGUUAUUCUGAGAGGCUGGAGAUCCAAUGUCUGCACCAAAUACAUCAACAACUGCCCCAAAACAUUAAACUACACCUAUUCAACGUCCACCUGUCAGCCUACAUGUCGGUCCCUCAGUGAGCCUGAUGUCACCUGCGAUAUUAAGUUUUUCCCUGUGGAUGGUUGUACCUGCACGGAAGGCUACUACUUGGAUGACAGUGGAAAGUGUGUUCCAGCUGCCGCUUGUCCGUGUUAUUACAAGGGAUCAGCUGUACCUUCUGGAGAAGUUGUACAUGACAAUGGAGUUAUGUGCACUUGCACUCAAGGAAAACUGAGCUGUAUUGGAUCUAUAAAGCCAGCAUGUAAAUCUCCAAUGGUUUAUUUUGAAUGUAAAAAUGCGACGGCGGAUGCCAGAGGAGCCGAAUGCCAGAAGAGUUGCCAGACCUUGGAUAUGGAAUGUUAUAGAACCAAAUGUGUCUCUGGCUGUGUAUGUCCUGAAGGACUAGUCGCAGAUGGGAAAGGUGGUUGUAUAGCAGAAGAUCAGUGCCCAUGUAUUCACAACGAUGUCCCCUACCAGCCAGGAGAGAAAAUCAAAAUGAAGUGCAACACAUGUACCUGCAAAGAUAGGAUGUGGCAAUGUACCAAACAGCCUUGCUUAGCAACUUGCGCUGUAUAUGGUGAUGGUCACUAUAUCACUUUUGAUGGAAAACGCUACAACUUCAAUGGAGACUGUGAAUAUGUCCUUGCACAGGAUCAUUGCGGUCACAGUGGAAACAGCAGCACCUUCCGUGUCAUUACAGAGAAUGUUCCAUGUGGCACCACUGGUACAACAUGUUCUAAAGCCAUCAAGGUCUUCCUUGGUAGCUAUGAGAUUAUCCUUACUGAUGAGCAUAUUGAUGUGCUGGAAAGAGGAAUUGGAGGUGAAAUUCCAUACAAGGUCAGACGCAUGGGUAUCUAUCUUGUGAUUGAUGCUGACAAUGGACUGAUCCUAAUGUGGGACCAGAGGACAAGCAUCUUCAUCAAACUCAGUAAAGACUUUGAGGGUAAAGUUUGCGGUCUGUGUGGUAAUUUCGAUGGCGAUGGAAACAAUGACUUUACCACCAGGAGUAUGUCUGUGGUUGGAGACGCUGUUGAGUUUGGCAACAGCUGGAAACUUUCCCCAUCAUGCCCUAAUGCCAAAGAUGACCGGGAUGCAUGCUCUACUAACCCAUACCGAAAGGCUUGGGCACAGAAACAGUGCAGCAUCAUCAACAGCAAGGCGUUUUCAGCGUGCCACUCUCAGGUUGACCCAUCCAGGUAUUAUGAAGCUUGUGUUACUGACUCUUGCGCUUGUGACACCGGUGGGGAUUGUGAGUGUUUCUGCACAGCUGUUGCUGCUUACGCCCAGGCCUGUGGAGAAAGUGGAGUUUGUGUUUCCUGGAGAACACCUUCCAUCUGCCCUCUGUUCUGUGAUUACUACAACCCUGAAGGAGAGUGUGAGUGGCAUUAUAAGCCAUGUGGAGCUCCAUGCAUGAAGACCUGCAGAAAUCCCAGUGGGAAAUGCCUACAUGAGCUUUCAGGUUUAGAAGGUUGUUACCCAAGUUGUCCAAUAACUAAGCCAUUCUUUGAUGAAGAUGAAAUGGAAUGUGUUGCCAAAUGUGGUUGUUAUGAUGAUGAAGGAACUCAUUACAAACCAGGGUCACCAGUGAAGUCAAAGGAGAACUGUCAGUCCUGCGUGUGUACCAUGUCUGGCAUUAUUGAUUGCAAGUACAAUAAGCAAGUCUGUCACUGUGAGUACCAAGGCAAAAUGUACAACUAUAAUGAUGUCAUUUACAACACCACUGAUGGGAUUGGAGGCUGUAUUAUUGCGAUAUGCAAAGAAAAUGGAACAAUCUAUAGAGACAUCUAUCCUUGUAACACCCCUACUACAACUCCAUUCACUUUUACUACAACACUCUCUACUACUACUACUAUUAUUACAACUAAAGAAACAACAACUCCAACAUCUACUACCCCUACAACAAUCUGUGUUGAAGACCUUUGCCAGUGGUCAGAGUGGUUUGAUGUCAGUUAUCCUGAGCCUGGUAUGGAAAAUGGAGAUUUUGACACAUUUGAAAGAAUAAGAGCUAAGGGAUAUUCUAUCUGUAAGCAUCCAACUGAAGUGGAAUGCAGAGCUGAAAGAUUCCCUGACACACCCCUAGAUGAGCUUGAGCAAAAGGUCCAGUGCAAUGCUUCCUUUGGACUGUUGUGCUACAACAAGGAUCAACUACCACCUAUAUGCUACAACUAUGAGAUCAGAGUCAAAUGCUGCAGCUUUGUGCCAUGUGGAACUACCUCGACUACCACAGCAUCUACAACUACAAAAGAGAGCAUCACUACCACACAAUCAGAAACAACAACAAGCACUACAACAGCCCCACACCCAACAACAAGCACUAAAGAGACUACAACAAGUUCCACACCAUCUACAACCACAGAGACCACAAGUCCUGAAACUACUACUCCAAGCACAACACCUGCAACUACAACAGAAGUAUGUAAACCAAUAUGUAGGUGGACUUCAUGGAUUGAUGUCCAUAUGCCUGGUGUUGGAAAGGAUGAAGGAGAUUUUGAAACCUAUGAAAAAAUGCGUGCAGCAGGGAAACAGAUCUGCAAAAAACCUGAUGGUAUUCAGUGCAGGGCAGAAAAAUAUCCAGAAACACCCAUUGGUAGCAUUGGCCAAGUUGUGCAGUGCAAUGUCACUGUUGGUCUUCUUUGCAAAAAUGAAGAGCAGGAAGGAGAUUUUAAACUAUGCCUCAACUAUCAAGUAAAAGUUCUGUGUUGUGACUGCCUACCUAUAACAACUGAAGCUCCUACAACUACACCAAAAACAUCCACUACAACUGAAAUAACAACCACAACACAAAGUACCACAACACCAGAAACAACUACAACCAAAACAACUACAACACCAAAAACAACUACUGCAACUGAAACAACCACAACAACUGAAACAACAACUACUCUAAAAACAUCCACCUCAACAGAAACAACCACUACUCCAGAAACAACCACAACACCUGAAACAACCACAACGACAGAAACAAUUACACCAAAAGUGAUUACCACAACAGAAACAACCACUACACCAAAAACAACCACUACUCCAGAAACAACCACAACAGAAACAACCACUACUCCACAAACAACCACAACACCUGAAACAACCACAACAACAGAAACAACCACUACUCCAGAAACAACCACAACACCUGAAACAACCACAACAACAGAAACAACCACAACACUGGAAACAACCACAACUCCAGAAACAACCACUACUCCAGAAACAACCACCACAACAGAAACAACCACAACAACAGAAACAACAAUUGUACCAACAGAAAUUACCACAACAAAAACAACCACAACUCCAGAAACAACCACAACAACAGAAACAACUACACCAAACGUGAUAACCACAACAGAAACAACCACAACUCCAGAAACAACCACAACAAAAGCAACAACCACUAGUCCUGAAACAACCACUACUCCAGAAACAACCACUACAACAGAAACAACCACUACUCCAGAAACAACCACAACUACAGAAACAACCACAACUCCAGAAACAACCACAACAACAGAAACAACCACAACAAAAGUAAUCACCACAACAGAAACAACCACUACUCCAGAAACAACCACUACUCCAGAAACAACCACCACUACAGAAACAACCACAACACCUGAAGCAACCACAACAACAGAAACAACCACACAAAAAGUAAUUAAAACAGAAACAACCACUACACCAAAAACAACCACUACAACAGAAACAACCACUACUCCAGAAACAACCACUACUCCAGAAACAACCACAACAACAGAAACAACCACAACAAAAGCAACCACCACAACAGAAACAACCACAACUCCAGAAACAACCACAACAACAGAAAUAACCACACCAAAAGUAAUUACCACAACAGAAACAACCACUACUCCAAAAACAACCACUACAACAGAAACAACAACUACUCCAGAAACAACCACAGAAACAACAACAACACCUGAAACAACCACAACAACAGAAACAACCACUACAACAGAAACAACCACUACUCCAGAAACAACCACUACUACAGAAACAACCACAACUCCAGAAACAACCACAACAACAGAAACAACCACAACAAAAGCAACCACAACAGAAACAACCACUAGUCCUGAAACAACCACAACUCCAGAAACAACCACAACAACAGAAAUAACCACACCAAAAGUAAUUACCACAACAGAAACAACCACUACUCCAAAAACAACCACUACAACAGAAACAACUACUCCAGAAACAACCACAACCACAGAAACAACCACAACACCUGAAACAACCACAACACCUGAAACAACCACAACAACAGAAACAACAAUUACACCAACAACAGAAACAACCACCACUCCAGCAACAACUACUACAACAGAAGCAAGUACUACCCCACAAACAACCACAACUCAAAAAACAACCACAACAGAAACAACUACUUCGCCAAAAACAACUACUACAGCAGAAACUACAAGCAGUCCUUCAACAGCUUCUGAAACUACUACACUUGAAUCAGUAGUAACAAGAACAUUUACAACCAUAACACCAUCUACAGCAGAGCAAAUAUUUACACCUUGUAAGCCACAAUGCAAGUGGACAACAUGGAUUGAUGUAAAUUCACCAACUGAAGGGACAGAAGGAGGAGAUGUUGAGAGCUACCAGAAUAUCCUUGCUAACGGAACACAAAUUUGUAAGAAGCCACAAAAUAUUGAAUGUCGUGCUGAAGACUACCCUGAUAUCAGCAUUGACAAUGUUGGACAGAUUGUUAAGUGUGACGUCACUGUUGGUUUAGUGUGUAAAAACAAGGACCAGAAAGGAAAGGUGAAACAAUGCCUUAACUAUCAGAUAAAGGUUUAUUGUUGUGAUGACAGUCAUUGCAUUCCAGAGACAACUACUACCACCACAACAGCACCUCCAACCACAUCUGCUCCAACUACCACUACCCCAGAAACAACCACUACUACAACUACAGUACCAACAACCACACAUACGGUAACUACAACUACCACUACAACAGAAACAACAACUACUCCAGAAACAACCACAACUACAGAAACAACCACAACACCUGAAACAACCACAACACCUGAAACAACCACAACAACAGAAACAACAAUUACACCAACAACAGAAACAACCACCACUCCAGCAACAACUACUACAACAGAAGCAAGUACUACCCCACAAACAACCACAACUCAAAAAACAACCACAACAGAAACAACUACUUCACCAAAAACAACUACUACAGCAGAAACUACAAGCAGUCCUUCAACAGCUUCUGAAACUACUACACUUGAAUCAGUAGUAACAAGAACAUUUACAACCAUAACACCAUCUACAGCAGAGCAAAUAUUUACACCUUGUAAGCCACAAUGCAAGUGGACAACAUGGAUUGAUGUGAAUUCACCAACUGAAGGGACAGAAGGAGGAGAUGUUGAGAGCUACCAGAAUAUCCUUGCUAACGGAACACAAAUUUGUAAGAAGCCACAAAAUAUUGAAUGUCGUGCUGAAGACUACCCUGAUAUCAGCAUUGACAAUGUUGGACAGAUUGUUAAGUGUGACGUCACUGUUGGUUUAGUGUGUAAAAACAAGGACCAGAAAGGAAAGGUGAAACAAUGCCUUAACUAUCAGAUAAAGGUUUAUUGUUGUGAUGACAGUCAUUGCAUUCCAGAGACAACUACUACCACCACAACAGCACCUCCAACCACAUCUGCUCCAACUACCACUACCCCAGAAACAACCACUACUACAACUACAGUACCAACAACCACACAUACGGUAACUACAACUACUACUACAGCUGAAUCAACAACCAUACAGCAAACUACCACAAUUUUGCCAACAACUACAACAAUUGUUAUUGACACAACCACAAAACCAACAACAACUCUUGAAACAACAACUGAAUUGACCACUACUGAGCAUCCCACAACUAAAGAAAGAACUCCAUCAACUACUAUUACAACCACACGUUGCUACUGCCACGUCGAUGGCAAAUUCUUCUUAACAGGGGCUGUCAUUUACAACAAAACUGAUGAAGCCGGAUGCCAUUUCUAUGCAAUUUGUAAUGAAGAAUGUAACGCUGAAAGAUUCCAAGGACCAUGCCAUCCUACAACUCUGCCACCCCCAACGACUACCACCACUCCAGUGUCAACAACAACCACAUCUAUUAAGACAACAACACCAAAGAUAGAAACAACAACUCCAGUUGAAGGAUGCCCUCCCAGAAAAACAAAUGAAACAUGGUUGAUUAACAAUUGUACAGUGGCCACAUGUCAUGGAAACAACGUUGUGACUAUUGAACCUGUGACAUGUCCUCCAGUGGAGAAAAUCUCUUGUGCUAAUGGUUUCCCCCCAGUCAAAGUAUACAGUUCAGACGGCUGCUGUUACCAUUAUGAAUGUGAAUGUGUUUGCAGUGGAUGGGGUGAUCCUCACUACAUCACAUUUGAUGGAACCUACUAUACUUUCUUGGACAACUGCACCUAUGUUCUUGUACAACAGAUAACACCCAAAUUUGAUAACUUCAGAGUCCUUGUUGAUAAUUAUUUCUGUGAUGCUGAGGAUGGCUUGUCCUGUCCACAGUCUAUAAUAGUUUACUACAAGUCCAAUGAAGUUUUGCUGACUCGUACAAUGUUCCAAGGAAGAAUGAGAAACAGGAUUAGAUUCAACAAAAAUUGGGUAACGCCAGGAUUCACCACCAAUGGCAUUACUGUCUCUAGUGCUGGAAUUAACAUGGUGGUUGAGAUUCCAGAAAUAAAAGCCUACAUCUCGUUUAGCGGCAUGAUCUUUGUUAUUAAGCUGCCAUUCAGCAUGUUUGGUUACAACACAGAAGGACAGUGUGGCACCUGCUCCAACAACAGCACUGAGGAUUGCAGAUUGCCAGAUGGUAAGAUCGUGUCAGACUGUUCUAAGAUGGCUGACCACUGGAAGGUUAAUGUGCCAGAUAAACCAUACUGCUACACACCACCUCAGCCAACCCCAACAGCUACAUCAACUCCACCACCUAAGUGCCCAUCUACACCUCUCUGUGAUGUGAUCCUAAGCGAGGUAUUUGCUGAAUGCCAUAAAAAGAUACCUCCAACGCCUUACCAUGAGGGCUGUGUUUAUGAUGCCUGUCGCAUCCACAAUGAUUCGGUGCAAUGCUCUAGCUUAGAGGUCUAUGCAGCGUUGUGUGCCUACAAUGGUGUCUGUGUGAAUUGGAGAGGAAAGACUGGAGGCCACUGUCCAUACAGCUGCCCAACUGGAAAAGUGUAUGAAGCAUGUGGCCCAGUGCAUCCCGAUACCUGCGAGACCAGGCAAGUAUCAAACCUCAGCAAUGGAAUCACAGAAGGCUGCUACUGUCCCUCAGGGACCAAGUUGUUCAACGCUUACACUGAUGUCUGCGUCAAGAGCUGCUCCUGCGUUGGACCUGAUGGAAUGCCCAAAGCACCUGCAGAGAAAUGGACCAGCAACUGCCAAGAAUGUGUCUGUGAGGCCACGUCGCUCACUGUACAGUGCACUCCACUGAAAUGUGCCGAACCCACAGAAGCCACCUGUGACAAGGACGGUUAUGUUUCUGUUCUAGUACCAGACAGCGAGCAGCCAUGUUGUAAGAAGAGUGAAUGCCGCUGUGAAACAAGCAAAUGCAAAAAGGAGGAGGAAAGCUGUCCUCUUGGAUUUAGGGUUCAUUCAGUAAUUCUGGAAGGAGAUUGCUGCCCCACUUCCAGCUGCACACCUGAACCAGUCUGUGUAGUGAAUGACGCUGUAUAUCAACCAGGGCAUAUAAUCCCACAGUCCAAAGAAACCUGCGAGGAGUGUCUGUGCACAAAUCAAACAAAUCCCGAGACCAAGCUUAAAAUGAUUAGAUGUGACCCAAUUUCUUGUAAAACAGAUUGCGCAGAGGGCUUCAAGUAUGAAAAGCUGGAAGACCAUUGUUGUGGCAGUUGCCAACAGGAGGCAUGUACAAUUAAAACGAAUGAUGGUACCACGAUUGUUAUCAAGCCCGGUGAGACCUGGAACUCUCCUGCUGGCAAAUGUUCCUACUAUCAAUGCAACAAAACAGAUGAGCAAUUUGUUACCGUGAGCAUAACAAAGGAAUGUACUGUCUCCAGCGCAGACGAAUGCAGACCGGGAUACAAGUAUACAAAAGAUGAAGAUGAGUGCUGUGGCACAUGCAAGCAGGUGGCGUGUACAUUGAAAGACACAGAUAACUCCACUAUAGUGUUAAAGCCUGAAGAAACAUGGACCCCACCUAAUGAACCAUGUCUCUACUAUGAAUGCAACGAGAUAGAAGACCAGUUUGUCACUGUUACUGUGAAGAGAGUUUGUUCUAUCCUGGAGUGCAGUGCUGGUUUUGAAUACAAGGUGAAUCCUCAGGAAUGUUGCGGAGAAUGCGUAAAGGUGGCUUGUACAAUAAAGAUGGAUGACAACACCACUGUAACUCUCAAGCCUGGGGAAAAAUACACUCCACCAGACCAAAAGUGCAUCUCACACAUCUGCACUGAGACUUUCGACGUUGUAACAGAGAGAGAGAAAUGUCCAGCCUUUAAUCCAGCAGACUGUUCAGUGGGCUUUGAAUACAAGAUGAUUCCUGGGAAAUGCUGCGGAGAAUGCAUCAAGGUGGCUUGUACAAUGAAGAUGGAUGACAACACAACUAUAACACUAAAGCCUGGUGAAAAAUACAGCCCAGCAGAUGAGAAAUGCGUCUCCUACACCUGCACUGAGACCUAUGAUGUGGUAACAGAGAGAGAGAAGUGCAUUGUCGUUAACUCAGCAGACUGCGCAGAGGGCUUUGAAUACAAGACAAUAACUGGAAAAUGUUGUGGAGAAUGCAUCAAGGUGGCUUGUACAAUGAAGAUGGAUGACAACACAACUAUAACUCUCAAGCCUGGGGACAAAUACAGCCCACCAGAUGAGAAGUGUAUAUCAUACACCUGCACUAAUACCUACGAGGUGGUAACUGAGAGAGAAAAAUGCAAAGUUGUUACUCCAGCAGACUGCUCAGAGGGUUUUGAAUACAAAAUGAUAACCGGAAAAUGUUGUGGAGAAUGCAUCAAGGUGGCUUGUAUAAUGAAGAUGGAUGACAACACAACUAUAACUCUCAAGCCUGGUGAAAAAUACACUCCAGCAGGCGAGAAGUGCACCUCUUACACCUGCACUGAGACGUAUGACGUCGUAACAGAAAAAGAAAAAUGUGCUAUUGUGAACUCAGCAGACUGUCUACAGGGCUUUGAAUACAAAUUGUUACCUGGAAAAUGUUGCGGAGAAUGCAUCAAGGUGGCUUGUACAAUGAAGAUGGAUGACAACACAACUAUAACUCUCAAGCCUGGCGAAAAAUACAGCCCACCAGACGAGAAGUGCAUCUCCUCAACCUGUACUGAUACUUACGAUGUAGUAACAGAGAAGGAGAAGUGCCUUAUCCAUAACAGCGCAGACUGCUCAGAGGGUUUCGAAUACAAGACGACAGCUGGGAAAUGUUGUGGAGAAUGCAUCAAGGUGGCUUGUACAAUGAAGAUGGAAGACAACACAACUAUAACGCUGAAGCCUGGAGAAAAAUACAGCCCACCAGAGAACAAGUGUACCUCCUACACCUGCACUCAUACUUAUGAUGUUGUAACUGAGAAAGAAACAUGCCCAGCCUUUAACCCAGCAAACUGCUUGGAGGGUACCAUCAAAAUGUCAGAGAAUGGCUGCUGCAAGACUUGUGAAUCUGCUGUGUCGGAAUGCCAGGUCCAUAAACAGUCCACUCGUAUCAGAACCGGCACCUGUGAGUCAGACCAGACCGUGGAGAUGUCAUCCUGUGGAGGAGGUUGCAUGACCACUUCAGUGUACUCUGCGGAGGCAAAUACCAUGGAGCACAAGUGCAGCUGUUGUCAAGAGAUGAAGACCAGCAAACGGGAAGUGAGCCUCAAAUGUCUUGACGGAACCAGUUCACUUUACUCAUACAUCUAUGUGGAAGAGUGUGGUUGCACCAGAACAGAAUGUGACAAAGAAUCCCAAACAUCUACAUCACAGCAACAACAACAACAGCAACAGGAAGAGGAUCAUGAAGAUGAGCAGCAGCAGCAGCAGCAGCUCAAAAACUGAUCAGGAAGCUCAUAUAUCAGCAGCUUACACCAAAAGGAUUAGAAUAAGUGAAAAAAUCACAUAUACUUAACUUUUGACAGAAUAUUUUUCUUGACAUACUAUUCUUCUGGAUAAACAAACACUUUCUAUUUCCAGCCUAUCGAUGACAAUACCUUACCCUUUUCUUUUUUUCUUGGAAAGGCCUCUGUCAUUAUCCAUCCAACUGACCACCCACAAUGUUACACCAAACUGGUCUCCUCACUCCUAUAUGUACUCCUGUGAAACCAUCUCAUGAGAUUAUUGUAAUUCAAACAAGCAGACCUUUCAUUUCCUGGAAUAUGCCUCUUGUACGUUAGGAUAGAAUUAAACUAUUUCUAUCAUUCACAUUUCUAGAGAUUCCAAUGACAUUCCCUAAUGUUUUUAAUUGUCCCUAUUAAUCUUCAUGUGUUUUCAGAAGUUAUUUUAGAUCCGCAACCUUCCUUUGAGAAUUAGUAAACUGCAAGAUAACACUUUAAGUAUUAGAAUUAUGUAGUGAUUCUUAGAAAACACCUAUAGGUCAAUUGUCCAAGAACAUAAUGAUAUUAGCAUGCGCUUGUUCCCACCUUUUUUGAGUACCCUACUGAGAUGUUUGAAAAAGUACAUAUAGCAUUUUUUUUUAAAUGGAACUGCACUCCAAACACUGCCAUUGUUUGUGUAACCAAUGUAGUCUAUUUUGUCCACGUGCCAAAAAAUUGCAGGUUCCUGUUUAUUAAGAGUCAUCUGUACAACUGAUAUGAUGUUCGUGACAUUUCACUAACUGGAGGCUUUUUCUGCUGUCAUAUUCAUACAUGAUUAUGUUUACAUGAUAAAAUUAUUCAUAAAUUCCAGGAUUUUAAGGAGGUAGAAAUGAAGGAUUUUAUUAUUUUUAAAUCUUUAUUUAAACAUAUUUCAUACAAGUAUUUUUCUACCAUUUAGUUAAACAAAAUUAGAUAUUUAUUUGUACUUUGAGAAAUUAUAUCUUAGACUUUUCUUUUGCCAUUGUGGGCUCAUCCAGAGUAUAGAAUGUGAUUUAAAUAAAAAUCUUUUACGCAUCUAAAAAA